AUGGCUUUUAUAUCGAUGAUCCCGUCUCCGAGACGAUGGGUCGCUCUACUCUCCUUCACCCUUGCGCCAGCUCUGGCCACUGCCGCCAAUGCUGCGACAACAACAAAAGCUGCGGCUGCCGACUACUAUGUUCGCGAUCUUCCAGGUCUGCCCGCCGACGGGCCCAAAGUCAACAUGCAUGCUGGCCAUAUCGAGGUUACCCCUGAUACGCAUGGAAACCUAUUCUUCUGGCAUUUCGAGAAUCAACAUAUCGCCGAUAAACAGCGAACCGUCAUUUGGAUCAAUGGUGGACCAGGUUGUAGUUCCGAAGAUGGCUCCAUGAUGGAAAUUGGUCCUUAUCGCCUGAAGGAUCAAGACCAUUUGAUGUACAACAAUGGCUCCUGGAACGAGUUCGCCAAUCUUCUUUUCGUCGACAACCCCGUCGGCACGGGCUUCAGCUCCGUCGAUACCAACAACUACAUUCACGAGCUUAAGGAGAUGGCCGACCAAUUCGUCAUCUUCCUCGAGAAGUGGUUUGACCUCUUUCCUCAAUACGACCGCGAUGACAUCUACAUCGCAGGCGAGUCCUAUGCUGGACAACACAUUCCUUACAUCGCCAGGGCAAUUCUCGAUCGCAACAAGAAGGACCCCAAAACCGCAUGGAACCUGAAGGGACUCUUGAUCGGCAACGGCUGGAUCUCUCCAGCCGAGCAGUAUCCUGCUUACAUUACAUAUGGAAUCGAGAAGGGCCUUAUCGAGAAGGACUCCGACGACCACAAGAAGCUCCAGGCCGAUUGGCGCAGCUGUGAAAAGAUGAUGGCUUCGGACGCUGGUCAUGUGGAUUAUGGAGAGUGCGAGGCUAUUCUCUCCAAUAUGCUCAAGUUGACCAAGAAGGGUGACGGCGACAACGCAUGCAUCAACAUGUACGACGUACGACUCAAGGACUCCUACCCUAGCUGUGGUAUGAACUGGCCUCCGGAUUUGGUGCACCUAACCCCCUACUUGAGGAAGCCUGAGGUGACCAGCGCUCUCCAUGUCGAUGGUGUGAAGAAGUCUGUUGGGUGGACAGAGUGUAACGGUGCUGUUGGAGGCGCCUUCCAUGCAAGGAACUCGAAGCCCGCCGUCGAGCUUCUUCCCAAGCUUCUUAAGGAAGUUCCCAUCAUGCUUUUCUCUGGAGCCGAGGACCUCAUCUGCAAUCACAUUGGAACCGAGAACAUGAUUAACAAGAUGGAAUGGAACGGCGGAAAGGGCUUCGAGGUGACGCCUGGUAACUGGGCUCCUCGACGUGAUUGGGAGUUUGAGGGCGAGACAGCGGGUUUCUGGCAAGAGGCUCGAAACCUGACCUACGUUCUUGUCUAUAACUCCUCGCACAUGGUUCCUUUCGAUCUCCCUCGCCGGAGCCGAGACAUGCUGGAUCGCUUUAUGGGUGUCGAUAUCAGCAGUGUUGGUGGCGAUCCUGCCGACAGCCGUAUUGAUGGCGAGAAGGGACCUGAGACCAGUGUUGGCAAUGCCAAGAACACUACCCAGACCGCUGACCAAGAACACCAGAAGCAGUUGGAUGAAGCGAAGUGGGCGGCUUACUAUAAGUCUGGUGAGAUUGUUCUGGUCAUUGUUGUCAUUGGCGCUAUUGCUUGGGGAUACUGGAUCUGGCGCGAGCGUCGCAAGGGUGCUGCGUACUCCGUUCUCGCUGAUCAUGAUCUUUCUCGGCGCUCCAACGGUAACCGAGCAAAGUCGCAGCCCGGUGAUCUUGAGUCCGCCGCUUUUGAUGAAAGCGAGCUUGAUGACUUGCAUGUGACAACGCCGGGGACCAGUACAAGCGCCAGGUUCCCAAGAAACCAAGACGGCAGCGAGAAGUUCAUCACCAAGUACGCCGAAUAG